CGCACAGGACCGUGUGGCCGUAAUCGUCGUCAAUCUUUCCGCGGCUCAGGUCAGGUCCGUAGCUUUGGAGGCGACAGCAGAAACCAUGCCCACCGUCGAGGAUAUUGGCAGGAGACGCUGCAUUCCUAUCCUUCACACCAGGGGAACCCACUAUGAAGUCGGAUUUGACGUGGGCCGCACGUUCCGAGGGCUCAUCCAGAAUUUCGUCGGCAUCUCCAAGUCCCUGAACCAGGUAUUCCUGCCGCUGUACAACACAGAAGCCGGCCGCCGCGUCUACGAAACCACUUUGAAGUGCGUUCGAAGCAACUUUCCACAAUAUGUGCGCGAAAUCGAAGGAACCGCCGAGGGCGCGCAGGUGCCCUUCCACAAGUUGUUCUUGCUCCACAUGGAUGACAUCCUGCCAAACGCCAUUCACGGAACAGGAAAAAACGACGGCACGGGCUGCUCAUCUCUCGUAUGCAACGAGAGUGGAAAUGAAAUCUUAGGCCACACUGAAGACGCACUGCCAGAAGUGCUGAACCACAUUUAUCUGGUGUCCGCCCACAUCAUCCCCGAGUCUCCUCAGGGCCGGUGGAAGGUGUCCGAGGAGAAGUUCACGUCCCUCUGUUACGCGGGCCACCUGCCAGGUUUCACCAUGGGCUUCAACCAUCACGGGCUCGUCUUCUCCAUCAACGUGCUAAAUGCAGCGAAGUUGGUGCCGGGGAAAACUCCUCGGCAUAUUUUGACUCGAGCUCUUCUCGGAGCGGAAACCUUCAUCGACGUCCAGCAGAUCUUGCGCGACUCAGGCUGCGGCGCCGGCGACGCCGUCAGUGUGAAUUUCACGUUCCUCAAUCAGGAAGGCGACCGAAUGUUCCACAACGCUGAAGUUGGCCCAUCAGUCGGGAACGAAAGUGGACUCAAUAUUCUCAACGCGAGCCCAGGAGAAUCAUUUUUCCAUUGCAACAAAUUUUUGCGCCUUCCAGUUGAAGAACAAGAAGGCCUCGGCGUGACCUCGAGUAACCACCGUCACGACACGCAACAACAGUUACUGCCGACGGUCCGCAGCAAAGCGGGCGUUAUUAAAGUUCUGGGCGACCAGUCCGAUAACAAAUGGCCCAUCUAUCGGGAGGGUCAUGGAGAGGAUUUCGUCAAAACGGUGGCCGUUGGGAUUUUCGACUUGGUAGAGCGGACGUGGGCCCUCUACACCGAAAACCCGAAAAUUAGCGAACCUGUCGUGGUCUUGCCUUUGCAGCUCAAGAGCAAUUAAGCCAAAUGUUUAUUUCCCUCGUGGUUGAUAAUUCGGAUUAGAAUAGUUUUUACGCUAGAACAUAGCAACAAUAGUGACAUUACAAUAAAAUGGAUAAUCCAUUCUGAUAAAAUGAUUUUUUUUUCUUUAUGCGAUGUUUAUUGGCAGAAUUUUCUGCGACACGUUACGAGUUUAAAUGAGAAAUAAUGUAUUAUCGCGCUUAAAAUAAAUAAAACAUUUUAAAACAAA